AUGGAAGCGUUGGGUGUAAUCUGGGAAAUUGCUAAAAGUUUGUUCAGUUGCACAAAAGCACAAGCUGCCUAUGUUUAUAAGCUGCAGGAGAAUCUGGAAUCAUUGAUGGAAAAAUGGGAAGAUCUUGAAAACAAGAAAAAGGAUGUGCAAACAGAAAUUGAUAGAGCUGAGAGCACAGGAGUCAUGAAAAGAUCAAAUGAAGUGAUUGGUUGGCUACAUGAAUUUCAAAAUUUUGAAGAGAAAAUGAAAGAUAUUCCAAAUUCUCAAGAAAUUCAAAGUAACCAAUGUCUGAAUGGUUAUUGCGCAAAGAAUUGUUUGUCAAGCUACAACUUAGGGAAAAAAGUUGUUAAGAGGCUCAAUGAGGUAAACGGCCUGCUUUCUAGAGCUGGUAAUCUACAGAUUGCUCUGAAGCAACCACCUAAACCUAUAGAUGAGAUGCCUUCUAGUGAGACUAUAGGUUUAGACGUUAUGGUUCAGAAAGUAUGGAAUUCUCUUAAGGAUGAUUCUGUUGGCGUAAUUGGUUUAUAUGGAAUGGGUGGUGCUGGGAAAACAACCCUUAUGAAAAGAAUUCACAAUGAAUUAGGAACAAGGGAUCAUAGUUUUGAUCUAGUGUUAUGGAUAGUGGUUUCUAGAGAUUGUGAUAUCAAUAAGUUAAUGAAUGAUAUCAGCAAUAAAUUAGGAAUUGAGGAAGGUUUUUGGAAUAGAAGUACUCAAGACCAAAGAGUAUCAAAGAUUUAUGACCGAUUGAAAGGAAAAAGGUUUUUGUUGAUGUUAGAUGAUUUGUGGGAAAAGUUGGAACUAGACACAAUAGGAGUUCCAGUUCAGAAAGAAAACAACAAAUCAAAAGUAAUGUUCACAACACGGUUUGAAGAUGUGUGUGGUAAAAUGCAAGCUCAAAAUAAAUUCAAAGUGGAAUGUUUAUCAGUGAAAGAAGCUUUUGAUUUGUUUUGUAACAAAGUAGGUGAUGAGACUCUAAAAUGCCACACGGAGAUCCGAAACAUAGCACAUGAAAUGGCUAAAGAAUGUGGAGGAUUGCCUCUAGCGUUAAUCACUGUGGGAAGUGCCAUGGCUGGAGUGGAUAGUUUGGAAGCUUGGAUGGUUGCGAAAAAUAAUUUGAGGAGUUCCCCUUGGACUGCCUCAGGUUUAAAGGAUAAAGUUUUUGGUAUCCUCAAGUUUAGCUACAACAAACUUCCAGAUGAGGCACAUAAAAGGUGCUUCCUGUACUGCGCAUUAUACCCAGAAGAUUUUGAAAUAGGCAUUGAUGACCUUAUUGAUCGAUGGAUCGGUGAGGGAUUUCUUUGUAGAGAUGAUAUGAGUAUAUAUGAUAUGCACAUUCAAGGGAAGUCAAUUAUUGAAAAAUUAAUACUUUCAUGCCUAUUAGAGGAGAGUAUUGACAUCGAAUCUUUUCAUUAUCUUGAGAGGAAUAAUAGGACAGUUAAGAUGCAUGAUGUGAUUAGAGAUAUGUCACUAUGGUUAGCUCGAGAUGAAGACGAAAACAAAGACAAAGUUUUAGUUCAGGGGGAUGUAUUUUCAAUUUCAAAAAUGGAUUCUAAAAGAUUGAAUGUUGUAGAGAGGAUUUCAAUAAUAACUGCUACAAAAUUUUCAGAAAACUACAAUCUACCUGCUUGUCCAAAUCUCACCACUGUUUGUUUUCGCUUGCAUGGGGUUUUCAACACUUCUACUAAUCUUUCAUCAACAAAUUUCCAAUCCCUAAAACGUUUGAGAGUGUUGGAUUUAUCAUAUACUCGUUAUAUUGUUCUACUCCCCCCUGAAAUAGGUGAGUUAAUCAACUUGGAGUUCCUUAACAUUUCAGGAACAUUUGUUUCUUCGUUUCCCAUCGAAUUCAAGAAGUUGAAAAAUUUGAGGGUAUUCCUUAUGGAUGAUAUGAAAUCCUUUGAUGGUCAGGUCAGUCCAUUAUUGGCGGUGAUAGAAAGUCUUGAACAAUUAAAAGUGUUUAGAUUUAGUAGACUCCACGGCACCGUACAAGAAGAUAUAUCAUUACUAGAGAAGCUGGAAUCCUUGCCAAAACUGGAGGAACUUGACAUCCAAUUAACCGGCAUCACUAGUAUGCAGAGACUAUUUAACUCCACCAAAUUACGAGGUUGCUCUCGACGUCUUAUGCUUUCUAAUUAUGAGGUAUGCUCCACACUUGAAAUGUCAUCAUUAUUAGCAUCCAUGUCAGAAAUGACUCAUUUGGACUGCAUACAUCUUAUAACGAUGCGCAGCCUAAUGGAUGGUUCAUCAGUUACUGAGAAAUGCCAUCUUGGCAAGCUUCGACAGGUGCGCAUACAUGAUUGUAGUUCGAUUACUCAUUUGACCUGGUUGACGUAUGCUCCACUUCUCGAGUAUCUUGUUGUUAUUUAUUGUAGUUCAAUUGAACAUGUGGUGAAGGAAGCCGAAGAUGACGAAGAAUUUGGCUCAGAAUCUAAGAAUGAUAAUAUAUUCACAAAUCUUAAAGAUCUUUGCCUUGAAAAUAUGCCAAAGCUGGUGAGCAUCCACAAAAGAGCUUUGGCUUUUCCUUCACUAAAACGCAUUCGUGUAACUGAUUGCCCCAAUCUGAGGAAGCUUCCUUUCAACUCCACCUUUGCUUCCAAAGACAACUUGGUUGCAAUCCAAGGAAGCAUCAAGUGGUGGGACAAUUUAGAGUGGGAUGACACAAUUAUCCAACACUUACUACGUCCUAAAUUUCAACAUGGCUAG